AUGUUGAUGCCAGCGGGUCUUCUCGCCAACAAGAGUGCCAUCAUCACAGGCGGCACAACUGGCAUUGGCCGUGCCAUCUGUCUCGAAUUCCUGCGACAAGGAGCGAACGUUGUAGUCAAUCAUCUAGGCCUUGAGAAGGAUAAACCUCAUCUCGACUCUCUCAUCGCUGAGGCCGACGCUAUCCGCAAAGCAUCAUCCACAGCUGGCCUUCUCGAUCAUCAACCAGGCGAUGUUCGCGAUCCAGCGACAGCGACAGAACUGGUCAAAAAGGCCGUUGAACACUCUCCCAAGAAGCGACUUGACGUAUGCGUGUCAAACGCUGGUAUCUGCACAUUUGCCGAUUUCCUGACGCUCGAGCCGGACCUGCUGUAUUCAACAGUGAGAACAAACUUGGAUGGCGCCUUUUACAUUACCCAAGCUGCCGCCAGGCAGAUGGCCCUCAACCAGGAACCGAAGGGAGGGAGUAUCAUAGGCGUUUCGUCCAUCUCAGCUCUUGUCGGGGGUGGCCAGCAGACACACUACACUCCUACCAAGGCAGGAGUUCUGAGCUUGAUGCAGAGCACAGCAUGCGCAUUGGGAGAACACAACAUCCGGUGCAAUGCUCUUCUCCCUGGAACCAUUCGCACGCAGUUGAACGACGCCGAUCUGGCAGAUGAUGCGAAAAGAACUUACAUGGAAGGUCGUAUCCCUCUGGGAAGGACGGGUUUGCCCUCUGACAUGGCUGGUCCGGCUGUCUUCCUGGCGUGUCCAGAGCUGAGCGGAUACGUGACCGGCGCACAGCUUCUCGUUGACGGUGGGCUCUUCGUCAACCUUCAGUGA